AUGGGUGAUUAAAUGUAUGAAUUAAGUGCAAAAUGGACAGUAUCAGAGAAAUACAAUGCUAGUUAGAAUCUUGACUAUAAAAAGACAAUAGCAGAUGUAUGUUCAUUCAGUACGAUUGAAGAAUUUGCAUUUCUAAUGAAGAAUACUAUUUAUUCAAAAUUAUCAGAUGUAUUAAGUGAGCCUUUGAAAUGCAAAAUGUAAAGAGAUGUUAUAAAUACAGCUUUAAAUAAUUCAAUGAUGAAAAUGUAGAUGUAUAAAUAGAGGCAAUAUAAUAUUUCAAGAAUGACAUUAAACCAUGGUGGGAAGAUGAAAAUAAUAAAAAUGGUGGUGAGAUCUAAUUUGAUAUACCAACAUAAUUUUAAAAUAUAUAUGAUAAUUUAUACUAAGAUAUUUUAUAUGAGGUGAUUGGAUAAUCGACUGAGGAUUUAAGACAUGUAAAUAAAUAAUACUAUAAUAGAUAAAUGGUAUAAGAGUUGUGGAUAAAAUAAAUGCUAAAUAAGGGAAUAGAAUAAGAAUUGAAUUAUGGUUAGAUAUUGAUCCUAAAGAUAAACAUGAAUCUAUAUAAAAAUUAGAUGCCUGGUUAGUAACCUUGAUUUAGAAAUAUAACAUUGAUUAAACUCAACUAACUUAAGUUUCGCAUAAAAAAUGAAUAUUGUA